AUGAUCCGAUGCGCGACAUUAGCUAUGUAUUGGAGUAUACAGCAACUACGAGAAUAUAUUGGCGACUCUUAUUUUUCGAUAGAAACGGACAGUCAACCAUUGAUCAACUUCCAUAAAAAACAAAUUAAUAAUAAACGUGUUAUGCUAUUUAAAUUGCAAGAUAUUAUCCCACAAAUUACGGAAGUCAAACACUUGCCUCGUGAUAAGAACACCGGUCCCGAUUACCUUUCGAAACAUCCGAUCUCCUCGACAUCGAAAAAGCCCAUCAAUGAUAAUGAUUGGCCUCAAGGGACUGAAACAUGGAAAAUUAAACCACAACGUCCGCCAUCUACGUUCUUCACACAACUAAAUGCCGUCAUUACGCGUCAACAAGCUAAACGAUUAAUACCAGCUCCGCCUCUGACAACCUCCACGGCAACUUAUGCAUCUAUUUCAUCGGCGCCAGCUACAACUACAAGUCCCUCUCCACAAUUGUUCGACUUCAGCCUAGAUCGUAUUAGAAAAGAACAAAUGGAAGACACCGAUAUUAUAGAAAUAUUUAACAUGGUCAAACUAAAUCCGUCAAAAUCUUCCUUUACAAUUAAGGAUGUUGUCCUGUUUAAACUAUUACCUCGAGGGAAAACACAACUACGUGUACCUUAUAUUCCACAAACACUAAUUAAAGAUAUACUAUUCACCCAUCACAAUCAUCCAUUAGCUGGACAUUUUGGCGUGGAACGCACAUGGAGAAACAUUAAGAACAAAUAUUAUUGGCCAAAUAUGAAAGAUUCAACUGAAAAUUACAUUCGAUCGUGUUCUAAGUGUUCAAAAUUUAAUAUACAACGUCGAAAGGCUCCUGGUCUAUUGCAACCGAUUGAUCCUCCUUCUGAAGUUUUUCAAGUACUCGGUCUCGAUUGGUGA